UCGCCGAGUCUCUGAUUCAGGCGCCGAACCUCGUCGAUCUCUCUCUCUCUCUCUCUCUCGCUCUCUCUCUCUCUCUCUCUUCUCGAGAGAUCCAUGUGGUUCGAUUGCCAAUUCCAUUCAUAGGAUUUAUAUAUAUAUAUUGAAAAAGAGGAAAAAAAAUGGAAGAAAUUUAUGGCGAUCUCAUGCAAUUCAUGAGAAAGCCGGCGAUCUUUGAAGCAUUUGUCGACAUCUUGCUUUGUGCAGUUCCGAUCUGGGUCGCCGUCAUGAUCGGUCUCGUCAUCGGGUGGUCUUGGCGCCCUCGCUGGACCGGUCUCAUCUUUUUGGGCCUCCGGAGCCGGUUCCGGUUCAUCUGGACCGCCCCGCCUGGCCUCGGAGCCCGUCGUCUCUGGCUUGCAUUCACUGCCCUUUCCGCAUUCUCUGUCUGCCGGAAGCUCUGGUCGAAUUUUAAAGAGAAGGGCGAGGAGGCAUCGCCGGCUGCUGAGUCGGCAGCAACGGGGAUUGUGCAGUCGGGAGAAUUGUGUGCCGGUGUCAGCACAACUAGUGAAGCUACAGCUAGCGAGCAAGAUAUGGUCACACAGAAAGACUUGGAGCAUCUACUGCAUCUCCUAGAUGGUAAAGUUGGAGAAUCGACAUGGCAAAAUUUGAUGGAACGCUCCACCCCUAACAUGUUAUACCAAGCUUGGCGUCAUGAACCUGAGGUGGGCCCCACAAUAUACCGCAGCAGAACCAUUUUUGAGGAUGCAACUCCAGAGUUGGUUAGAGAUUUCUUCUGGGAUGAUGAUUUUCGAGCCAAAUGGGAUCACAUGCUUGCGUACUUUAAACUUUUGGAGGAAUGCCCUCUUAUAGGGAUGACAAUUGUUCACUGGAUAAAGAAGUUCCCUUUUUUCUGCAGUGAUCGAGAAUAUAUCAUUGGUCGACGAAUAUGGGAAUCUGGGAAGACAUUUUACUGUGUGACAAAGGGGGUUCCAUAUCCAGCACUACAAAAGCAUGACAAGCCAAGGCGUGUGGAACUUUAUUUCUCGAGCUGGCGCAUCAGGGCCAUGGAAUCUCGUAAAGGGGACAGACAGUUAUCUGCAUGUGAGGUGUCCCUCGUCCAUUAUGAAGACAUGGGAAUCCCUAAAGAUGUAGCAAAUGUUGGCGUCCGUCAUGGGAUGUGGGGGGCCGUUAAGAAAUUACAGUCUGGCAUGAGAGCUUACCAACUUGCGAGAAAGUCAGAAGCCUCACUAUCUCCAAGCGCGCUGUCGGCAAGGAUAACCACUAAGAUUUCUGUUGAUGAUGGCAUCGAUUCUCCAGACCCAGCAUCCGGGAUGGAAGGAAAAGGUCAAGCAUUGGAUUUGCACAGGGAAGAUCAAGGUGUCCAGUGGAAAUGGGUGGUUAUAGGUGGGACGGUUGCUCUCGUCUGUGGACUUCAAACAGGUAUCAUCGGUAGAGCCUUGUUGCUUGGUGCAGCACAGAGGAUCGCACGAAGGUAGGCAAGUUUUUGUUAUCUUUCAGUCCAUGGGAGUCAUGGAUCUCUGAUCAUAACAUCUUCAAUGCAUGGAUUGUUGUGAAUGGGAGAUGAGCCUGCAUACAUAAAUCUAUAUUUACAUAUAAUUCUUUUCAAGUGAGAUUUGGAUCACUAAGUCAUGGCCCUCUGUUUGUAAACCAACCGAACUUGUUUGUCAUGUUUAGCAUCCUACCUUAUUAACAUGGUGUGUAUGCACAUGCCCACCAUCCAUUUUCAUAGAAGUGGUGGGAAGUUCCAUAA